AUGCCUCUUGUUGAAUCACAAAAAUUGGGAUAUAUCGGAGAGGCUUUAAAAAGGAUGAGAGGAAUGGUUAAUGAAUCGGAAGUGACUAGGAAUGGUGUAAUUGUGGAUUGGGAUAAUUUUGAAAAUUUGUUAGAAUAUUUGAUUAAAGAGGAAUUGCACAUGUAUGCCAGUGAAGAAUGUUUUUUCUGUACGGAGGCAAUUUUAAAUCCAAAAUCAGAAAGAGAACGAAUGACAAGUUUAUUGUUUGAGAGGUUUGGAAUUUUGGGAUUGGAUUUUGGAUAUCAACCAAUAAUGUCCUUAUUUGCGAGUGGAAGAAAUUCAGCAAUAAUUAUUGAAAUGGGUGAGGAUUUAACGCAAAUAGUCCCAAUCUGGGACUGCUUUGUGAUUGAAAAUGCAAUUUUGAGGAGCAAUAUUGUGAAUGGAAGGAUGGUGACAGACCACUUGAGACAAUUAUUGAAUCAGAAAGGAUUUUCUUUUCAUACAAGUUCUGAGCUAGAAAUUGUCAGAGAAAUGAAGGAGAAAGUUGUUUGUUUCAAUGGUGAACCGAAUAUUAAUUCUCAAAAAAUAGAUUACUUCCUUCCAGAUCUUACAAAGAUAGAAAUGUCAGGCGAACAGAAUCUCUCUGCAGAAUGUUUAUUUAAUCCAUUCAUUUUGAAUAAGAAUGUGGAUGGUCUUCACGAAAUGGUUCACAACAGUUUUACAAAAUGUCCAAUAGAUUCUCGCUUAGAUCUUUAUGGAAAUAUAGUAUUAUGUGGGGGAAAUUCCCUAAUAGAUGGACUAGACAAGAGACUUGAACAAGAGUUGGAUUUACUUCUUCCAAAGAAUGUCAGAAAGAAAUUUAUUAGCAUGGAUUCCCCUCAAUUUUCUUCGUUUAUUGGAGCCUCAAUUUAUUCAAGCAGAUCCACUAUUACAACAGGUUGGAUUACAAAAGAGUCAUACCAAGAAUAUGGACCUAAUAUUUGUAGGAGAGAUAGGCUGUCAUUGGUUUAA